GUACGACAGGCAGAAGCUGACGCUAAAGGACGUCCACAACUGUCAGUACGUGGCCUGCAUGAACCCCACCGCGGGCUCCUUCACCAUCGACCCCAGGCUGCAGCGCCACUUCUGCGUGUUUGCCGUGAGCUUCCCCGGCCAGGAGGCCCUCACCACCAUCUACAGCACCAUCCUGACGCAGCACUUGUCCUUCCGCUCGGUCUCCCUGGUGGUCCAGAGGAUGAGCAGCCAGCUGGUGGCCGCGGCCCUGGCCCUGCACCAGAAGGUCACGACGACGUUCCUGCCUACGGCCAUCAAGUUCCACUACGUCUUCAACCUCCGGGACCUCUCCAACAUCUUCCAGGGACUCUUGUUCUCCACAGCGGAGCUCCUGAAAAGCCCCCUGGACCUCGUCCGCCUCUGGCUGCACGAGGCGGAGCGCGUGUACGGCGACAAGAUGGUGGACGAGAAGGACCAGGACACCCUGCGCAGGGUCACCAUGGCUUCCACCAAGAAGUUCUUUGAUGAGCUCGGCGAUGAACUCUUGUUUGCUAGACCAAACAUCUUCUGCCACUUUGCCCAAGGGAUCGGCGAAUCCAAAUACUUGUCCGUCACGGACGUGGCUUACCUGAACAAGCUGCUGGUGGACGUCCUGGACAGCUACAAUGAGGUCAACGCGGUCAUGAACCUGGUGCUGUUCGAAGACGCCGUGGCGCACAUCUGCCGCAUCAACCGGAUCCUGGAGUCGCCCCGCGGGAACGCCCUGCUGGUGGGGGUGGGCGGCAGCGGCAAGCAGAGCCUCUCGCGCCUGGCGGCCUUCAUCAGCGCCCUGGACGUCUUCCAGAUCACCCUCAAGAAGGGCUACGGGAUCCCCGACCUCAAAGUGGACCUGGCCGCCCAGUACAUCAAGUCGGCCGUGAAGAACGUGCCGUCCGUGUUCCUGAUGACGGACUCCCAGGUGUCCGAGGAGCAGUUCCUGGUGCUGAUGAACGACCUGCUGGCAUCGGGCGAGAUCCCGGGGCUGUUCGCGGACGACGAGGUGGAGAACAUCAUCGCGUCCAUGCGGCCGCAGGUGAAGUCCCUGGGCGUGGCCGACACGCGGGAGGCCUGCUGGAAGUUCUUCAUCGACAAAGUGCGCAAACAGCUUAAGGUGAUCCUGUGCUUCUCCCCCGUGGGCUCCGUCCUGCGCGUGCGAGCGAGGAAGUUCCCUGCCGUGGUCAACUGCACGGCCAUCAACUGGUUCCACGAGUGGCCGGAGGACGCCCUGGUGUCCGUCAGCGCCCGCUUCCUGCAGGAGACCCCGGGGAUUCAGCCGGAAGUGAAGGCGUCCAUCAGCCUGUUCAUGUCCUACGUGCACACGACCGUCAACGAGAUGUCCAAGGUGUACCUGGCCACCGAGAGGCGCUACAACUACACCACGCCCAAGACCUUCCUGGAGCAGAUCAAGCUGUACCAGAACCUGCUGGCCAAGAAGCGCAUGGAGCUGGCUGCCAAGAUCGAGCGGCUGGACAACGGCCUGAUGAAGCUGCAGAGCACGGCCUCCCAGGUGGAUGACUUGAAGGCCAAGCUGGCGGUGCAGGAGACGGAGCUCAAACAGAAGAACGAGAACGCGGACAAGCUGAUCCAGGUGGUGGGCGUGGAGACCGAGAAGGUCAGCAAGGAGAAGGCCAUCGCGGACGAGGAGGAGGUCAAGGUCGAGGUCAUCAACAAGAACGUCACAGAGAAGCAGAAGGCCUGUGAGACGGACCUGGCCAAGGCGGAGCCGGCCCUGCUGGCCGCACAGGAGGCCCUGGACACUCUGAACAAGAACAACCUGACGGAGCUGAAGUCCUUCGGGUCCCCGCCGGACGCCGUGGUCAACGUCACGGCCGCCGUGAUGAUCCUGACGGCACCGGGGGGCAAGAUCCCCAAGGACAAGAGCUGGAAGGCGGCCAAGAUCAUGAUGGGCAAGGUGGACAGCUUCCUGGACUCGCUGAAGAGAUUCGACAAGGAGCACAUCCCCGAGGCCUGCCUGAAGGCCUUCAAGCCCUACCAAGGCAACCCCACCUUCGACCCCGAGUUCAUCCGGUCCAAGUCCACGGCGGCCGCCGGCCUGUGCUCCUGGUGCAUCAACAUCGUCCGCUUCUACGAGGUCUACUGCGACGUGGCCCCCAAGAGGCAGGCGCUGGAGGAGGCCAACGCGGAGCUGGCAGAGGCCCAGGAGAAGCUGUCCCGGAUCAAAAACAAGAUCGCCGAGCUCAAUGCCAACCUGAACAACCUGACGUCGGCAUUCGAGAAAGCGACCGCCGAGAAAAUCAAAUGUCAGCAAGAGGCCGACGCCACCAACAGGGUGAUCUCGCUGGCCAACAGGCUGGUGGGGGGCCUGGCCUCGGAGAACGUGCGCUGGGCAGAGUCGGUGGAAAGCUACAAGUGCCAGGGCGCCACGCUGUGCGGGGACGUGCUGCUCGUGUCCGCCUUCGUCUCCUACGUGGGCUACUUCACCAAGAAGUACCGCAACGAGCUCAUGGAGAAGUUCUGGAUCCCUUACAUCAACAACCUAAAGGUCCCCAUCCCCAUCACCAAAGGCCUGGACCCCUUGAGCCUGCUGACGGACGACGCGGACGUGGCCACCUGGAACAACCAGGGCCUCCCCAGUGACCGCAUGUCCACGGAAAACGCCACCAUCCUGUGCAACACGGAGCGCUGGCCGCUCAUCGUGGACGCCCAGCUGCAGGGCAUCAAGUGGAUCAAAAACAAAUACGGGGGUGACCUGAGGGCCAUCCGCCUGGGCCAGAAGAGCUACCUGGACAUGAUCGAGCAGGCCGUCUCGGAGGGUGACACCCUGCUCAUUGAGAACAUCGGCGAGACCGUGGACCCCGUGCUGGACCCCCUGCUGGGCAGGAACACCAUCAAGAAGGGCCGGUUCAUCAAGAUCGGCGACAAGGAGGUGGAGUACCACCCCAAGUUCCGCCUCAUCCUGCACACCAAGUACUUCAACCCGCACUACAAGCCGGAGAUGCAGGCCCAGUGCACCCUCAUCAACUUCCUCGUCACCAGGGACGGCCUCGAGGACCAGCUGCUGGCCGCCGUGGUGGCCAAAGAGCGCCCGGAUCUGGAGCAGCUCAAGGCCAGCCUCACCAAGUCUCAGAACGAGUUCAAGAUCGUGCUGAAGGAACUGGAGGACUCCCUGCUGGCGCGGCUGUCGGCCGCCUCCGGACACUUCCUGGGGGACACGGCCUUGGUGGAGAACCUGGAGACCACCAAGCACACGGCCAGCGAGAUCGAGGAGAAGGUGCAAGAGGCUAAAAUCACGGAGACGAAAAUCAACGAGGCGAGAGAGAACUACCGGCCGGCGGCGGAGCGGGCCUCCCUGCUCUACUUCAUCCUGAAUGACCUCAGCAAGAUCAACCCCAUCUACCAGUUCUCCCUCAAGGCCUUCAACGUGGUGUUCGAGAAAGCCAUCCAGAAGACGGCGCCGGCCGACGAGGUGCGGCAGCGGGUGAGCAACCUGACGGACGAGAUCACCUACUCCGUGUACACGUACACCGCCCGCGGCCUCUUCGAGCGGGACAAGCUCAUCUUCCUGGCGCAAGUGACCUUUCAGGUCCUGUCCAUGAAGAAGGAGCUGAGCCCCGUGGAGCUGGACUUCCUCCUGCGCUUCCCCUUCAAGGCCGGGGUCGUCUCACCGGUGGACUUCCUGCAGCACCAGGGCUGGGGUGGGAUCAAGGCCCUGGCGGAGAUGGACGAGUUCAAGAACCUGGACAACGACAUCGAAGGCUCGGCCAAGCGCUGGAAGAAGCUGGUGGAGUCGGAAGCCCCGGAGAAGGAGAUCUUCCCCAAGGAGUGGAAGAACAAGACGGCGCUGCAGAAGCUCUGCAUGGUGCGCUGCAUGCGGCCCGACCGCAUGACCUACGCCGUCAGGAACUUCGUGGAGGAGAAGAUGGGCAGCAAGUUCGUGGAGGGCCGCAGUGUGGAGUUCUCCAAGUCCUACGAGGAGAGCAGCCCCUCCACCCCCAUCUUCUUCAUCCUCUCCCCGGGGGUCGACCCCCUGAAGGACGUGGAGGCCCUGGGGAAGAAGCUGGGCUUUACCAUAGACAAUGGCAAGCUGCACAACGUGUCCCUGGGGCAGGGACAGGAGGUGGUGGCCGAGAACGCCCUGGACGUGGCAGCCGAGAAUGGACACUGGGUCAUCCUGCAGAACAUCCACCUGGUGGCCCGCUGGCUGAGCACACUGGACAAGAAGGUGGAGCGGUACAGCACGGGCAGCCACGAGGACUACCGGGUGUUCAUCAGCGCCGAGCCGGCGCCCAGCCCCGAGGCCCACAUCAUCCCGCAGGGCAUCCUGGAGAACGCCAUCAAGAUCACCAACGAGCCGCCCACGGGCAUGCACGCCAACCUGCACAAGGCUCUGGACCUCUUCACCCAGGACACCCUGGAGAUGUGCACCAAGGAGGUCGAGUUCAAGUGCAUCCUCUUUGCCCUGUGCUACUUCCACGCCGUGGUGGCCGAGAGGCGCAAGUUCGGUGCCCAGGGCUGGAACCGGUCGUACCCCUUCAACAACGGGGACCUCACCAUCUCCAUCAACGUGCUCUACAACUACCUGGAGGCCAAUGCCAAGGUGCCGUGGGAUGACCUCCGCUACCUCUUCGGCGAGAUCAUGUACGGGGGCCACAUCACAGACGACUGGGACCGCCGGCUGUGCCGGACCUACCUGGCCGAGUACAUCCGGGCCGAGAUGCUGGAGGGGGAGGUGCUGCUGGCCCCCGGCUUCCAGAUCCCGCCCAACCUGGACUACAAGGGCUACCACGAGUACAUGGACGAGAACCUGCCCCCCGAGAGCCCCUAUCUGUACGGCCUGCACCCCAACGCGGAGAUCGGCUUCCUGACGGUCACCUCGGAGAAGCUGUUCCGCACCGUCCUGGAGAUGCAGCCCAGAGAGAGCGACGCGGGGGCGGGCACAGGAGUCUCGCGCGAAGAGAAGGUGAAGGCCGUGCUGGACGACAUCUUGGAGAAGAUCCCAGAGGCGUUCAGCAUGGCCGAGAUCAUGGCCAAGGCGGCCGAGAAGACCCCGUACGUGGUGGUGGCCUUCCAGGAGUGCGAGAGGAUGAACAUCCUGACCAACGAGAUGCGCCGCUCGCUCAAGGAGCUGAGCCUGGGGCUGAAGGGGGAGCUGACGAUCACCACCGACAUGGAAGACCUGUCCACGGCGCUGUUCUACGACACGGUGCCCGACACGUGGGUGGCCCGGGCCUACCCCUCCAUGAUGGGCCUGGCGGCCUGGUACGCCGACCUGCUACUGCGCAUCAGGGAACUCGAGGCCUGGACCACAGACUUCGCCCUGCCCACCACCGUGUGGCUGGCCGGCUUCUUCAACCCGCAGUCCUUCCUCACGGCCAUCAUGCAGUCUAUGGCCAGGAAGAACGAGUGGCCCCUCGACAAGAUGUGUCUGUCCGUGGAAGUGACCAAGAAAAACCGCGAGGACAUGACGGCCCCGCCCCGCGAGGGCGCCUACGUCUACGGGCUCUUCAUGGAAGGAGCUCGCUGGGACAUCCAGACGGGCGUGAUCGCGGAAGCGCGGCUGAAGGAGCUGACGCCAGCCAUGCCCGUCAUCUUCAUCAAGGCCAUCCCUGUGGACCGCAUGGAGACCAAGAACAUCUAUGAGUGCCCCGUGUACAAGACACGCCUCCGCGGCCCCACCUACGUCUGGACCUUCAACCUGAAGACCAAAGAGAGGGCAGCCAAGUGGAUCCUGGCAGCCGUGGCGCUGCUCCUGCAGGUGUAGCCCCCGGGGGCUGGGCUGGGGGGUGCAGAUUAAACGUCUGAGGCUCCA